AUGGCCUUACACAUCAUUUUUAUGACUCUUGCCUUCUUCGUCGCCCUGCCUGUUGGUAUAGCAAUGCGUGCUUUAAAGCAUUCAUUGCAUGGGCUCGUCGUAGUUGCAUUCUACAGUUUAUGCGCACUCGGGUGUGCAUCCAGUACAUUAUACAGGAAGUUGACACCAGAUAUGUAUGAAGGAUCAUCCCAUGCAUCCCACGGUUACUUGGUUUUAAUCCUAAGUUUAUGCCUCUCUGCGCUCGACAUCGUUCGCUUUCUCGUUCGUCUAUAUGCGUUCGUAAAGAACAGAAGCAAGUUCUCCUUGAAACCAUUCUGGCAGAAUGUUGUUCUGGGACGUAAUGAAGUCUACAACCUCACAGCCAGGUACACUAGCUUGGACCCGGAGGAACCCUCAGAAUUUGAUGUAGCUGAAAUGAAACCUCUGAGGGUCGCUGAAACUAGGGAGCCCCUCCAUGUGCGACGGAAUCAACCCAUUGCAACUAUCCAAACCCAAGAUUUGGAUGAUCCCGACGACGAUGAAACAGCACCAUGGGUCAACAACUCUCGAAAUAGUCAGGGGACAAUCCAUUAUACGAAGUCGAGCUUAUCGGAGAGGACCGUGUUUGAAGCUGAUUCCCCGCAAGGUUCUAGGCACUCUGACGAAACCUUGCAUGAUUUCAAACUUCCCGGUCUUAUCGAGCCACAAGCUCUUCUGAUCCGCAUUAGUCAAGGGGCAUUUGUUACUCUUGAGAGAGCAUUGGUCUUUGCAGCCUUUGGUAUGACACUGUCAGGUAUUGUCGUUUAUACCGGUGGCUGUCGCGAAAGCUAUGUAAACGGCUGUCUUGCGCAUCUAAUCAAGGGCGGCAUCUUCUGGUGUUAUGGCUUGGUUACCUUUGCUCGGUACCUUGGAUCUUUCUCUGAGCUUGGGUGGGCUUGGAACAUCUCACCGAGUGGUGAACAUGUUUCUGCUGAAUUCGUGGAGUCGUUGGUCAUUUUUCUCUACGGCAUCACCAACACUUGGAUGGAACGCUUUGGCGUUCACUCUGGUGACCCUUAUACCACCAAGCAAGUACAACAUAUAAGCAUUGCUGUCAUGUUUUGGUUUGCCGGACUCGUUGGGAUGGGAAUCGAGUCAAAACGUGUUCGCCGCUGGCUUGCAGCGUCUGCUGCAGCCGCUGUCGGCCCAGCUGAAGUGUCCGAGCCUCCAAGCUAUCGUGGUAGCUUUAACCCUUUCCCUGCUCUCGUCAUUGGUGUCACCGGUGCUGCAAUGAGCGCUCACGCCCAGACUUAUCUCUUCCAGGUACAGAUACACGAAAUAUGGGGAGAGCUCCUUUUGGGAUUCUCGGUUUUAAGGUGCUUAACCUACUUCUUUGUCUGGCUUGGCCCGCCCCGCUCUAUCCUUCCAUCUCGACCGCCGACAGAAGCUCUUGCAAGCUUCUUCCUUGCAUGUGGUGGUUUGGUGUUUAUAUUCAGCACAGAAGAAGUCACAAUUGCUGCUAUGCGAAAAGGGCGUGAUGAUAUGAUGAUGUUCCUUAACGUCGCCGUUGCUAUCACAUGCUUCGCGUUCUGCUGGACAUUCUGCAUCGUUGCGAUGAAAGGAUGGCUCAGAUCCCGCAGCAGUCCUCGCUACCCGCUCUCAGCUCCAUGA